CAAGUCCCAAACCCAAAGUCCCAUGUGAACCUAAUUGCGCAGUUGUUUUGUGUGUUGCGGGGGCUCAGGGUCUAGGCAGAUGAGACACGAUGGCAGCCCCGGCAACGAUCGACAUCAAGAACCUUCAGGGGAAAUGGCUCAUGAACAAGUCUCUCUCCGACAACUCUGACCCAGCCCUCUCACUUCAAGGCAUGGGUUGGCUGACACGAAAAGCGAUCGGUGCCGCAGUUAUCACUCAGCACCUUAAUCAGUCUUCUACCACAGGCGACAACGGCGAACCCUGUACAUUAAUCGAGAUCGAUCAACUUCUCAGCGGCGGCAUGAAAGGAACCACCGAGAGACGCAUCUUGGACUGGUCGUUUCGUCCCAACUCCGAUCGACUGUUCGGUGAAUUGCAAGGCCGCAGCAGAUACACCACUUUAGCAAACAUCAUAGAGGAGAGUAAAGGCAAGGGCGUUACCGAGGGAGACGCCAAGUAUCUGGCGGAAGGAUGGUUGAAGGAGACAGAGGAUGGUGAGAUCGUUGAGAGCUUUGUCGACAACGAGAAGAACAAGUGGACUGGGUGGCAGGUCUGGGGAUUUGCGGAAAUCAAAGGAGAGAGGAAGCUGACGAGAAGGUUCGCUGUAAGGAAGACUGGCAAGGAUGAGGUAGUUAGGAUAAGGCUGGUGUAUGACUACUUGGGCAGUUUGGAAUAGAACGUGUCGGGGAGGUGUGCGACAAGAGGUCGAGGAGAUGAGUAGUAGCAGUAGAACAUACUGUAUUGAUUAAAUUCCAGGCUAUGACUUUACGGCACACCCUCUCUACGUACUCAUGUACUAGACAACGUCUCCGCCUUUCAAACUGGUCAGAAGUUUCCUCGAGCAACACGGCGGAUGGACACCAGCCCUCACCUAUACGUCGUGCAACUUUUGAGCCACACAACGUAUUGCAUAACACUCUGG